GACUAUUUUGUCAGGCGAAAACCCCUCUUACAGACGUUCAAUAUGCAGAAGGUUGUACUGCUUCUGUGUUGUGCCCUUGUGGUAGUGAACGCCAUGUCGCCAGGAGAGAGCGGGCCCGGAUACUGUAGGUCUGCCUGUGACACGUUUUUCUCUCAGUGCUACAUGGCUGCCCGCAGUCGCUGCUUUGGCUUUGACCAGGCAAACUGUGAAGGGAAAUGCAAGUCUCUGACCUCCAGAUGCCACGGUUCUUGCAGAGAUAACGCACAGAGGAUCAGAGAUCACUGCAGAAAGCAUUGCAAAGGAGGGAAGUGCGAGUCGCUGAGCAAAUGUCAUAGCGAUGUGUUCGAACCUUUUGUACCCCGUAUUCCAUUUUGAAAAGAAAAUAUCGUUAACCUUAGAAGGGAAACUGGUGCAUUUUGUCUUUUGUUGCUUGUUUCCUUUUUGGAUGAUUCCAUUCUUUCUUAAUGUUCAGCUUGUACUGAUGCGUUGGUACAUCUUCUGUACACCUGUUGUUACUCCAGAGUAAAUAAAUUCUUUCACUGUU